AUGGCUACCCAGAGCCUUUGUCUCCUGCUUUUCACCUGCCUGCUGGCCCUGGCAGCAUCUCUUCCUUUCUUAGACAUAAAAAACGUGCAUCUCCUCAAUGGUACACUGGAUGAAAUUAUGAAUGUUCCCCCAGAGUCCUCCCAGCUCGAUAAUGAUGGUGAACAUGUUCGACAGGUCAGAGACAUUGCCCCCCACCCACCGGCGGGCCAUGGUUGGCCCAAGGACUGCAGCGAGAUCCCUGCUGGCAGCCGCAGUGGUGUCUACAUCAUCCAGCCGAAAGGGCUCCACCACCUCGUGGUGUACUGUGAAAUGAACAUGACAAACGGGGGCUGGACAGUCAUCCAGAGGAACCAGAAAGACACUCCAGUCACCUGGGCUGAGUCCUGGAGCACCUACAAGUACGGCUUUGGGAACGUGCGCAGCGAGUACUGGCUGGGCACCGAGUACAUCCAUCAGAUCGCCAAGCAGAAAGUCUACCAGGUCAGGUUUGUCAUCCAGGACUCCACGGACAACACCAAUUUCGCAGACUAUAACCUCUUCAGCGUGGAAGAUGAGUCCCACGGCUACCGGCUGAGGCUGGGCUCCUACGCAGGGACGGCAGGGGAUGCCAUGACCUCAGACAAUCCCAACACCAUGCAUGACAACAUGAAGUUUUCCACAAAGGAUCGGGAUCAGGACACUUACAGUAAGAACUGUGCCUACAGCUAUGAGGGCGGGUGGUGGUACUCGUCGUGUUAUUCUGUACGGCUAAAUUUCAAGGGCGGCAUGACAUGGGGCAGCCUGUGCAAAGGGAACUGCAAAUCCUCCCUUAUCCUCAUCAAACCAGCUUCAUAUUGUUAG